AUGAUGGACAGAAUCUACCACAUGAAAUUAAAGGGACAACAAUGGGGAAAUCAUAUUUGUCCAGAGAUAAGGGAUAAGGUGAAUUUGCUUAAAAAAGCUCAAAGGCAUUAUCAGGGUAGUACAAGUGAACCACAACAACAUCAAGAGGUUGAAAUGACUCCAAUUGAGAUGGAUACUACUCAAAAUGAUAUGCAAGUUACUCAUACUGAUGUUGAAUCCAGUAGUGCAGGGGAUUUUAGUCAUUAUAUGCAAUUUACUCCACCUAGAUGUUAUGAAGGUGAUGAGGGUGUUGUGGGUGAGGAAGCUGAUGUGGUUGAGGAAGCUGUUGUGGUUGAGGAAGCUGUUCAAGAUAAGGAGGCUGAAGAGGUUGAUCCUGUUAUCCAAGUUGAUAAUGUUAAUGUUCAUGAGGUUGAUGAGGUUGAUCCUGUUAUCCAAGUUGAUAAUGUUAAUGUUCAGGAGGUUGCUCCUGUUAUCCAGGUUCAGCAUGUAAGUGUUAGGCCAAUUUCAGAGAUUUUGAAGAGGAUAAGCAGAAGAAAGUCAGAGAGAAUAUUGAAGCUGAAAUUAGGCAAAACAAUUGGUGGUGUUGAUGAUCCAGGAAAUUCGAAGGGAAAAGCUCUUGUAAUUGAUUAG